AGCAUUAAUUAAACUUAAGUCCACUUGAAACAACGUUAUGCGAAUAUUAAUUUAUUUAUAUUAAAAUUUUACGUAUUUUUUGGUGCAAUUUUAAACGCAUCUAUGAAUCGUUUAUUGUUGUUGUUAACAUGUGCCGUAGGCGUUUGGACUUUUAAACUUGAAAGUGUUCCAUCCUGUGGCUUGGAGGCAAGUUCCAAUCUCGUCCACCAUAAUCCAUGGUUGGUGUACAUUGAAUAUUGGAGGGGAGACCAUAGGACGUUCGUGAGGUGCGCUGCUACUCUGGUAGAUAGCAGACACAUCAUCACAGCAGCUCAUUGCAUCAGGACCCCAAAAUUUACCAGACUAGUGGCUCGUCUUGGCGAGUAUGACUUGUCGAAGGUAGAAGACUGCGUGGAUGGGGUAUGUGCUGACAAGAUCGUCAGGAUUGAUGUGGAGAAAAUCAUCGUACAUCCAGGCUACGAUGGUAAAAGCCACGACAUCGCUGUUCUGAAGCUCGCAGAGGAUGCACCUUAUACCGAUUUCAUCCGGCCAAUCUGCUUACCAGCUGGUGAGCUACAACCAGACACAAUGUUCGCUGCUACAGGAUGGGGCGAGAUUCCCAUUCAAGGGUAUUACAGUACCACGAAGAAAAUCAUCCCCCUACCAUUAUGGGGGAGGGCUGAAUGCAAGGCUGCAUACAGCAAUCUAGUCGUACCUGAGAACACUAUUUGCGCAGGAGGAGAAGAGGGCAUUGACACCUGUAGAGGGGAUUCAGGAGGUCCCUUAGUUCGGUACGGAGGGAGGGCUGAAUUAUGGGGGGUUACUAGUACUGGGAAUAGUCACUGUGGGACCAAAGGCUUUCCUGGAAUCUACACAGAUGUCGCCGUGUAUCUUCAAUGGGUGAAAAACGCUUUAGCUGGGGCCCUAGAUGAUAAAGCAGAAAAAUUGGACACAGUUUAGUUUUAAGGCAAAAAAAGACUAAAAAAUUUAAUGUAAGUGAAACGAAAAACCUCAAAUUUUUUUUAGUUUUAAGUGUGUAAUGAAAAUGCCAUGA